AGCCGGGCGCCCUGAGAACAGUUGGGCUUUAACGGCGAAUUUGCAGCCGGCCGCCACCAACCCCCCUCCCCCGAAAUAUUACAGAAAGUGACGUGUAUGAUGUGAUUAUAUUGCAUUCGCCGAUCGUUAACAGACGGCUUAUAGUAUUUUUUUUUUGUUCCUGUUCGUUUGAGUAGCGGGAUGUGCUGCGUUUAAAUUUGCUCGUGUUUUUAUUUAUUUGGGGGGCUUGUUUGUUUUGUUGUUGUUGUUGUUGUUGUUGUUGUUGUUUUUUACUUCCGAAAACGCCAAAUAGGUGGAAUUAUGUAUGCAUUUCGAAUUGAUCAUUUUGGUAUCGAAAAAGGAAGUUGCACCAGAGAAAUUCAAAUUGUGCACCAACCCCGUUCGCCUCUUCGAAGGUUCCGGUGUGUGCCGAUAAGCAUCGUCGCUCGGAAUUAGGAGCAGUAAGCUGCUGUCAGGUCCUUUCCUCGUUGUGACAGCUUGAAUCUGGGAAUUUGCACAAAGCCGGGAGAAACGGAGGGAAUGGACAGUCCGCCGCCGCCGUUUGCUAUCGCGAAAGGCUGGAGCACAGCGACACAAUAUUCUCUGUUCAGUAUCGGGUUGGGGGGGUCGUAGUGUCCACGUAUGUAUCUUUCGUUCCAGGCGGCUUCGAAAAAGGGGGGGUUUGUCCGAUUGCCCUUUUCACCCCAAUGCUUGAGUCGGUUUUGGUAGAGACAGCGCUCUGCCGGACGGACCCUAAUGUGUUUUCCGUACAUGCGGGGUCUGCCCGUUCCGUUGUUGCUGAUCAAUCGGGAGGGAAAGAGAGAGACAGAGAGAUCGAUCGCCCUCAAUGGAAGUCGCUCGGGCAGCGCCGAGGUAGCAGGGCGACAGUUACAAACGCCAGUCUGCCCUGAGACACGAAGCCCAGGUCUUUUGUCAACAAGCCUUGCAAAACAUUUUUUUUCCCCCUUCGGCACACGUGCCCCGGUGCGCGGCGCACACUGCCUUGGACGCUCACAGGAAGCACCGCCGCGCCUCAAAAGUUAGAAAAUUGUCACCUUUUUGAUUUCAGUGAUGGUUUUGCAUAGGGGCACGGUGAAGGCUGAUCACGUACUGUUGUGAACAAUCAGACCCCGCUGUGUUCGGGACUUGUUCUAGCUAGCAGAGGGCUUCUGCGUGUGAGAUACCCGAGAAGCUUCGCCGAAUCUGAUUUAACAUGUGUUUUAACUUGUCCCUAACAAACGCUCUUUGAAGUUGCACCUAAUUGGAAACAAGGAUAGAGAGACAAAGCUGUCUUAAGACGUGAUUGAGCUCCUUGCCUGUUUCUUUUCAUUUCUACCGUAGUAAAACGGCAGCACUGUGUGAUUCAGGGAAUUAGGAAAGUAAGCAGGGUAAGUUCCCUGCUUUUGCAGAAAUGCCUGGUGUUUUACACGAAGUAGUGUUCUGAGCCCCAUUCAAAAAAGGACCCUUUCUAAAGGAGCUCUUCUCUCUGGGGUGAAAGGAGAAAAUGAUGGAGUCCACACACUAAUAGGAGUUCAGCAGAAGGGAAGGGAGAAUUUUAUUGUUGUUUAAUUUCAUUUGUGUCAGAAAUGAAAGGGGUGGUAUCGGGUUAAUGUCCAAGAACAGGGAGGGUAUUAUGUGAAGCAAGGGUGAGCAUAUUUCAGGUUGUUUAAAUAAAGCUCCCAGCAGAGUCAUACUCCAGUGUGUCAGUACUGGGAGAAACAUGGCCUGAUGGGGCUCCCCCAGAAUAGUGUCGCCUCACUUUCAUAAACUGUCAGAAUCUGCAUGCCAUCAGAAUGCUGCAGAAGACGAGCUGGACAGUGUCCACUGUGCACUACAAGAGCUCAGGACUGUCCCCUGUCUCUAGAUCUGUCCUGUUCAAAUCCCUGGCAAUCCAUUUGCGCACUGCUGGUGGUGACUUCACUGAGGAGGAUAGCAAAAUGUACUGGGCUGCACUGGAACUUCCAAUCUUGACUGUUCAGACACAGUGUCUUACCAUAUAGUUGCACACACAGUUGUGUGUGUGUGUGUGUUGAAAAUCUCUUUUGAGAUUGCGCCGCAAAGAGAAAGCUAUCGUUUAGGGUUCCUACAAAGAAGAUUAAAGUUAAGGGUUUAAUAAAGAAAGUCUUCUUAUGAGUCGACGACUUGCCCGUCCACUUUGGCAUACCUACCCAGAAGUGAGGGAGUUCAGGAGCUCACCUGUUUGUCAAAGGUUAAAGAGAGGCUGAAGGAAGAAAUCCUGAACACCCCCGCCCCACCCACCCCCAGUGGUCUCUGCCGCGAUUGGCCCCAGAUGAUAUAACUUGAUACAGAACUAACUCGGAAGCUGAAUCCCUACACCGGAGUCAGGAUGACGGAGGCAUGGCAGCAGCAUGCUGUGGCCCCUCCCCCCGUCGUUCACACCAUCCCCCCCGGAGCGGAGAGCGCGCUGGGCUGCGCCGUCUACGGCAUCGUCCUGCAGCCUGACCCCACGCUGCAGCCGCAGCACCAGCAGCAGCAGCAGCAGCAACAACAGCAGCAGCAGCACCAGCAACAGCAACAGCAGCAGCAGCAGCAGCAACACGCGGCCCAGGCCCAGCAGCCCUCCCUGCAAGUGGGGGAGAGCGUGCACAAGUGCGGAGCCUGCGGCCACGACAUCUCGCACUUGGCCAACCCCCAUGAGCAUCAGUGCAUGGUGAACCAGGAUCGCUCUUUCCAGUGCACGCAGUGCCUCAAGAUCUUCCACCAGGCCACCGACCUCCUGGAGCACCAGUGCGUGCAGGUGGAGCAGAAGCCCUUCGUGUGCGGGGUGUGCAAAAUGGGUUUCUCCCUCCUCACGUCUCUGGCUCAGCACCACAACGCCCACAGUAGCAGCAAUCCCAUGAAGUGCUCCAUCUGCGAGAAGACCUACAGGCCUAACUCUGCCGGGGCAGGGAACACCACCCCCACUCCCUCUGCUCCCAACCCCCAGCAGCCCUCAGCGGAGGCCCCCGACCGAGCGGGGACCGUGGUAGGGGCCCCAGCCGGCGCGGGCCCGGGGGGGGUGGUGGUGGGGGCCUCGGCCCAGACUGAAUUCGAGGCCACCUCCCCGGACCGGCCUUACAAGUGCUCCAUCUGCCAAAAGGGCUUCCGCCACCUCUCGGAGCUGUCGCGGCACGAGCGCGUGCACACCGGGGAGAAGCCGUACAAGUGCGACGCCUGCGACAAGAGCUUCAGCCAGUCCUCCCACCUGGCGCACCACCAGCGCACGCACAGCGCCGAGCGGCCCUACAAGUGCGCCGCCUGCGAGAAGAGCUUCAAGCACCGCUCCCACCUGGUGCGCCACAUGUACGCCCACUCCGGCGAGCACCUGUUCAAGUGCAACCUGUGCGAGAUGCACUUCAAGGAGUCCUCCGAGCUCCUGCACCACCAGUGCACGCCCGCCGGCGAGCGGCCCUUCCGCUGCGCCACCUGCGGCAAGGGCUUCAAGCGGCCCUCCGACCUGCGGCAGCACGAGCGCACCCACUCGGAGGAGCGCCCCUUCCAGUGCGAGGAGUGCCAGAUGAGCUUCAAGCAGCAGUACGCCCUGGUGCGCCACCGCCGCACGCACAAGACCCAGGACCGCCCCUUCAAGUGCAACCUGUGCGACAAGGGCUUCAUGCAGCCCUCCCACCUGCUCUAUCACCAGCACGUCCACGGCAUCGAGAGCCUCUUCAAGUGCGCCUCCUGCCAGAAGGGCUUCAGCCAGUCCGGGGACCUUCUGCGGCACAAGUGCAGCGGCUCGGCGUCCGCCUUGGCCUCGGCCGACCGCCCCUACAAGUGCGACGUCUGCGGGAAGGCCUACAAGAAGUCCUCCACCCUCCAGCGGCACCAGAAUUCCCACUGCGCAGAGAAGCCGCUCAAGUGCACCCUGUGCGACCGCCGCUUCCUGUCCUCCUCGGAGUUCGUGCAGCACCGCUGCGACCCGGCCCGCGAGAAGCCCCUCAAGUGCCCGGACUGCGAGAAGCGCUUCAAGUACUCGUCCGACCUGCAGCGGCACCGCCGGGUGCACACGGGGGAGAAGCCCUUCAAGUGCCCCAGCUGCGACAAGGGCUUCAAGCAGCGCGAGCACCUGGCCAAGCACCAGAGCGUCCACGCCCGCGAGGCGCAGUUCAAGUGCGUGUGGUGCGGGGAGCGCUUUGGAGACCUGGGGGCGCUGCAGGAGCACACUGUCCAGCACACCGCCGAGGGGGGGGGGUACUCUGUGCCCCCUUGUAUACAGUAACCAGCACAGCCCCCGCCCCCGAGCAGCAGCACUGACACAAGAGUUCGCCGCGUGGCAGUAGACUUGCCAUUUCUGCUGACUGAUUCCCGCUGGUUCGAACUCGGGGAAGACCUCCCUUUCUGUCCCGAAACGUAUUUAUUAGGAGGUGGGGCCGCCGUAUCUUUUUUUUUUUUAAACUAUAAAAUCCAAGGGUUUCGGCUGUAGACGUUAUAAACCUUUUUCUUUUCUCUGUCAAUUAAACACUGGGACCCCCUGCCCCUCCCUGGGUUUUCAGUGGCUUUCCGUUCGGAUUUUUUUGUUUUUGUAUGCCAAUUCACCCACCCACCCGAUCCCCCUCUUCUGACCUGUCAGAAAAGAAUAAACUCUAAACGUAGCACCCCCCCCAUAUAAAAAUAGACUUAUUUAUAUUUUUGAUGGUUAUAAAAAAAGGGAUGUGGAUUGAAUUCCCCUGUGGAGCUGCUCUUAGGUCCCUGGGCUGAUCUCUGGGACAGCGACAGGAAGAGAUCCACCUCGUACCUCUGAUCUGCCACUCGUGGUCAGGCUGUGUGACGGGAGCAGCAGGUGGCGCCGGUCGAAGAGCUGGCCUGGAACUUCAGCGGCUGCUCUUGAGCUGCUCUGUGGAAGUCGCUGGCACUGUGAUGGGUCUGAUUCCGCUGGGGGUUUCCUUCACGGUUGGGUGUGGGGUGGGGGGGGAGGGUGGUGAGCUUGGCUCUUCCCCUGUGGAUCUUAAGGUUCAGUCUUCUGCACCUUGUUGGCUGGGUGGCACAGGGAUGAAGUACAGACCGGGCUGUGGAUGGGGCCUACAGCUUCCGCGCAGCUUGGGUUCAGCAGCUGGGCGAUGCAGGUCAUUACUUGGAAAAAUCUGGCCUCCCAAUUAGAAAAAAUGUAAGAAUUUUUAAUCUCGUCCAUGGCAUUAUUUUCCUGCAUUCCAGUCGCAGACUCCCGCUUUGUUUAGCCACUAAAACCCCCUCUCCCUUGGGAAUGUGGGUGUGAAAAGGUAGGGUGUUGCCUGCCUCACAACAACAAGCCUCGCGCCUGUAUUCUAGUUACAUUCCUGUGAUCGAGAUACCUUUCAGGUUUGAGCAGAGAGGCCCUUUAUGUCACCAGCACUGGGACACUGCAGGGACAAGGUGAUCAAAGCAAACCGUGCUCAGGACUUGUGUAUAAAGCUGUCUCAAUGCCUAUAUGUAUAUCCCCCAAGCUGUACUUCACAGUUACAGUAGCCACGGUAUGCAAAAGGCCCAUCCUAAGUGUCUCUGGCUGUGUAAUAUUGAAAAUGUCUGUGCCCCUAGCUGAAGAAACCCUCUAGUUAUAUCAAAUCAAUAAAGCUUCACCAGGUUUACCUUACUAUGAAAACAAUAUUACAGUGAGUACCAAAUACAUUGUUUCAGAUUCCAAAGGGAUGUGAAUCUUAAACUAGUUUUGAUGAAAAGACCAAGCAUCCUUGCUUUUAUUGAGUACACCACGUUUAUAUCUUCCUUUAUUAUGUAUUGUUCAUAUACAUACAGCUCAUCCGAUAUCUUUCCUGCGAAGCCUGAAACCUGCUUAAGGUUCCCUUGUAUUAUGUACAUAAAUAGUAUGUAUGCUAAUAUGUUUACCAGUUAUGUAGUAGGAAAUGCAUUGUGCGUGUUUAUAAAUUGCAUUUGCAAAUUUGUCUGUAGCUACUUUUUAUUAAGUGUAAGUCAGAAAUAAUGUUGUUUUUAAAAGUUGCAAGAGGAGGACUCUUUCACUUCAGUUGACUACAAUGGAAUAUGCUGUCCCUGAGUCUUGAUGACAUUCUGUUUUCUUGGUGGUUCUUCUUAAGGUCUCAUGUAUUAGUUGUUCCUAUUAUCUGACAAAAAAAAGGCUCGAGUAUUAGUUUCAAGAGGUUCCUUUAUAAUGGUAAUUCAGUCUUUGCCUUCUUUUUCUUUUACUGCUUUCCUUGCCGGAACGAUAAAAUUGAUGAGAGUAUCCUAACAAUGCUGCUUGAAGCAUAACUUUGGGAGGGAUUGUAAUUAGAUGUAUGAUCUAAGAUGCACUAAAUUUUAAUAUUUAUGCAAUUUUAAAAGUAUAUGAAAUCACACAUUUUAAUCUAUAUAUUUUUAUAGCUCUUUUUCUACGAGGUGUUUAUAUGUUCCUAACAGCCAUUCAUUUUACUGUGUGGAACUGAACUCGAGUCGGUAGCCAAAAUAAAACUUAUUUCUUUAGGGGUAGCCGCUCGUUAGUUUGAAUGCAUACUUCAGCACUGGGUCAGUCCAGGUUUUCAACAGUGUUAUCUACGGUAACAGGGUGAUAAUACAUAAAUUACUCAAUGAGGUCUGGAAUUAGCAGCGCUUUACAGUUGUAACACCUCCAUGAGCAGAACAGCUUGACAGUGUUGUCUGCAGACAGUGUUGUGGAACCUCUUGAAAGUCUAGUACUCGCUGCAAGCCCAUGUAAUGAAUUACCAUGACUUGUGUAGGGGAUGAUUGUAAGAGUUGGGGGGUGUUAACCCUGGCGUCUUGGCUAGAUUCCUCUCUGGGCUUGCACAGUCUGGCCCACCUCUAUUAGCCUGUGAAUUCAGCUGGUGAAGCAGUUUCUCACUUCCUCACCUGAUCUGCUGUGAAACAGGGCUGUGGCACAGAAUGGCUGCCGCACAGUCACCAGGUAGGAGCUGUACUUCAGUGUUGGAGAAAGCAGAUUUUGGGGUUCCUUGGGAUAAGAAGUGCUGUAUAAAUAAACAGAAUAACAGCCAUAGUAAUACUGUCAGACUGCAGCACUUAAACUGUCUCUCCUAAAUAUUCAGAACUGAUGGAUAUGAAAGGAGAUUUGUCAUGUGUCUCUUCCUGCAAGUUUGCAUCUUCCUUGAUGUGUAGUUGAUAAUGUGUUCUGGUCAUUUGUUUUGCCAGCUAUACAGAUGUGGGUGAUGCUCACAAGGGCAUUUGGAAGGACUGUACAAACCCGCAUGGAUGAUGUUGUGGGGAAGAGUUUUAGUGUUGCACGUGGCCUGCAAGAGUAAUGCCUGAAGUGGCAUUCUUUAUAGCUUUGUGCAAGACGUAUUUUCUUCCCCAGUGUAAAACUUGGAAAUAGGCUUUUACAGAUCAUGCAAGCGCAUUGUUUUUCUGUAGUAUUAUCGGAGCAGAAGAUGCAGCAAUGAAGAAGAGUAAUAGGAAUCCAUAGGUGCUAUCUAGAGGGUAAUUAAGUGGGCAGGUUGGCUGGAAUCUGAAUCUGCAGGUGGCGCAUAUUGACAUCUGCCAUGUUACUCUUUACCAGUGCAUGGUGAACGGCAGAGGCUGUGAUGAAGACACUAUCAUAGAUCUUAAGCACUUCUGUUCACCCAGUAGCAGAGUGCAAAUGAGUGCUGAACAGUCUUGGCAAACCGGAUGCACUUCAUAUGGUUGGCUCACCGCCACAUGGGUGGGAAUAAUGUAAAAGGCCUGCAGAUCCAGCUUCGGUUUCUGUUCUGUGGCAGGAGCUGCUAACAUGGAGGAGGUUAUAUUUUUAUUUCCGAUCUUGGCCAUUUUGUCCAGGAAAGGUAUGUAUCUUUGUGGGUGAUGCAGCGGUCCUUCCUUGUCCUUACGAAGGGGACACUGAGGGGACAGGUGUCCAGACAUCGGGCACAUGGCUGAUAAUAGCGCUAGCUUGGAGCCCACAGAACCACAACCACUGAACUCCUGCUCGGGUCUCCUCUGCAGCUUGUCUCUCCUGUGGGUCUCCUUUUCUGAUUCUGUACCAAACCUGACAUAUGGGGUUUGUUAGAAACUCCAAGAAUUGGAAACUAUGAUGGAGAAGAAAAUCAAAAUUGUGUAUAUUUGGAUGCAAGUUUUUAAGUGCUGUAUAUCUAAUUUUUUAAUUGUUCAAGACAUAUAUUCUCAUUGGGGGUUAAAGGGCUUUUCAGAGAGAGUGGAAACUGGAUUAGGUGAAAGUUACUGAAGUGCAGAGAACUUGUUCAACUUUGACCUGGACAGUAUAAGUGACGUUACUCCUCCUCCUGACCUAACCUCUAUUUUUCUACCCAGAGCAUGCUCAAAUUGUUAGUUUAUAUUGCCCUGUACCUUGUAAAUGUGCUUACAAGACCCUUCUCUGCAAUGAAAUGUGUAUUUUCUCCCUUUUUUUCUUUAAUUUGUAGUUUGUGAAAGGUGAUUAAGAUCCUAAUGUGUGGCAAUGGAUAUACAUUCAAGCUAAAAUAUCUGUAUGUAGCAUUUAAUACACAGCACUAACAAAUA